CUCCAACUUCCACACUAUUAUGUGCAAUUAAAGACAAGUCAAGCUCAAUCGCAAAUAUAAAAUUUUGUUCAAGCUUGUUAUUCAAAAGCACAGUGCAAACUUCAUUCUUCUACCUUCUGGUGCAUGCUUGGUAUGAGAACAGGCACGUGUUCAUGUGAGUUUGCAGAUACGAUCAACGAUAACUAGGAUUCCUAGGAUCGAGAGACAAUCCGUAAAUCCGCACAAGGGACUUAAAAUUUAGCAGUUUCAUUGUUGAUGGUACCAUGGAACAGAAUUUUGACAAGCAUAAAGUGGAAGGACAAAACUCUGCACCUAGCUACCAACAAUGAGAUACAUAAGAUCAUGAUUAAGAGCCCAAAAGAAGUGGAUUUUGCUUUAAAACAGGAGGGUGGUCAUUCUCAAACAAUCAGUGAUCCUGAAAAGGAAAAGGCUUCAUCAAGCUCAGCAGCACAAUGGCCAAGAUUGAAGGAUCCAAGGAUUGUUCGAGUAUCUAGAGCCUUUGGAGGGAAAGACAGGCAUAGCAAGGUUUGCACAAUAAGAGGGUUAAGAGACAGACGGGUACGAUUAUCAGUACCAACUGCUAUCCAACUCUAUGAUCUUCAAGAUAGGCUAGGGCUCAGUCAACCAAGCAAGGUUGUUGAUUGGUUGCUGAAUGCUGCUAAGCAUGAAAUUGAUGAACUUCCACCACUGCCAAUUAUUCCUUCAGUGAAUAACUUCACCCUUGGUUAUCCAUCUGCUGCUACUUCUAAUGAAGCUGCAAACUCUCACUCUCACUCUCAGCCUAAUGAACAACUUCUUAAUAUAAAUAGCAGCAUUCACUGGCAAGGUUCAGACCAAAAUUCUUCAUGGAAAUUAAAGCGUAAAGAAGUUUCAGGAGAAAUGAUCAGCACUGACAAGGCAAGUUGGAUAAAUAGAAGUGAAGAGGAUAAGCAAGGAAGCAAUAAUGAAGGUCCUAGCACACAUGUUAUGCCAAAUAAUCUCUUGCCAAGGGUAAACCAUCCUUCAUUCUUGGGUCUGCUAAAUACUAUGCCACAUGGUUACCACUGGGAAGCUUCCGCUGGUGAUGUUUCUCAUCCUCAGUUGGAAAACAAUGGAUUUUCAAACCAAACAGACAUACACGGCAUUAACGUUGUACCUUUCCCAACAUCAACAUUGUCUUUAUCAACAAGGAAUUCUCAAAUUCUGCUAUGUCCUCCAGGAGCGGCACAGCCGUAUUUCCCUUCACAUUUUACAGCAAUGGACAUGGAUCAGAGGCAAAUCAACCACUAUCAGAUGUUGAGUUCAGGUUCUCAAAACCCAUUGGCGAAUUCUCUCAAUCAUUCUUUCAGCUUGGCUAUGAUGUCUCAUAAACCCCUCCAUUCACCCAACAGCAGCAAAAGCCCAUCCCAUAAAGACCAAGAUUUCCCUUCCAAGUGAUACACAAAAAUACAAAGUUUAUCUGCUUCUUCUCUCACAAUAUGCAUGGAUCAUGAAGACUGUGAGAAAGCUUCUUCAAUUACAACAUAGUCCAUGUUACGGCGGGUUUGAAUAAUCGUUUCGUUCUUGAAUGCGUGUUUGAAUUUCCUUCUAUUUCUUUCAGUUAUAGGUAAUCCUUAUAUUUUAUCCUUUUGUUUUUUGAGCUUAUAUAUUGCAUGAAAUGGUCUUACAUAUGAAUUUCUUUCUA